CGCAACACCAACGCACCACAGAAACUUUCGCAUCAUGAGCAGCGUGCAAGCGGUAGACGCCAAAGUGACGGCGUUGGAAGGUCGACUGGAGGCCGUGGAGAACUCUCUCGGUGGCGCUGUUGCCAGCGGUAGCAACGAUGACCUCAUCGCGUUUCAAAAACAGUUGCUCGUGAGUUUGCGUGGCGUGCGGUUGGCGUUGAAAGAGGAAGAAGCGGCUCGUGCGGCGACACAAUCCACGGCUGUGAGCAACGAAGCGUUGGUGGAAGAGAAUACCGCGCUCAAGAAACAAAUCGCCAAGCUCAACUACCGCAUUGAGCACUUGUUGCGCCACAUUCCUCCGCCUCAGUAGACUAACCCGAUCCCGUUAUAUUUCAAGCGCAUGUCAAUACCGCGCACCAUCGCGUCGCGACGUGCUGUUUAGAAUCGCCGUGUUCUCAGUGAACCCGUGCAGCACGACAAGCCUCGUAAGGGCGGCUAUGCGGUCUUGGUUCAGGUACAGCGUCUUGCCACGGCGAAAGUGCGCGUCUUCUUCGCCAUUUCGAUCCAAAUACACGCUGCCCCAGAUACAGCACCGUCCAUUUCCCAGGAGCAGCAGCACCUACGAUCUCCGCGUCAGCCGCCAUCCUUCCC